CACAUUUUGUAAUCAUUUGAGUCCAUUUUCUUCACGCUUUUUUUUGGUCCUGUAUUGGUUUGUCUGGACUUUUCCCGAGCAACAGCAUGUCCGACGAUGAAGCAGAUCCCGAGCUCCUGGCAUUACUGCGCCAGUCUCUGGGAAUCAAGACGCAUGAUCCCGAACUUCCGCCUGAAACCGGCGUAUUAGAGGGUGCAGAGCACGUGUACAAUCAAGCAAUUGAUGUAGCUCUGGACACGCAAGCAACAAAGGCAGCGGCGCAAGCCAUUUACGAGAUGAUGCAGAGAAAGUCCUAUUCGACAAAGACGUGGGCUGAGCAUGAAUUGCAUCCCAAAGAAAAAGAUGAAAGCACUGUGAAUUUUAUAUUCACAAUGGAUUUGCUCAAUUUCAGUUUCUGGUCCGAGAGGACUCCCGAAGAACGAUUUGCCAUUGAGUACAAGGGCCGAAAAUGGACUGGUUAUUGGAGUCUUGUGGCCGCGCUGCAGAGAGCAUUAGAUGAAGGCAUUCCAAUUACUAGUCCCACGUUCUGGCGGAACGAGGGAGAAUGCUCCAUCAAAGUACUCCGACAUGUCUUCCGGUCCGCCACCGAAGAAGACAUUCCAUUGUUCGACGAACGUGUUGCUUGUCUACGAGAAGCCGGACAAGUCCUCUGCGAGCACUUUGACUCCCGCUUCUCAACAUGUAUCACGCAAGCGCAGCAAUCAGCAGCAGGCCUGGUGAAUCUUCUAGCCACCAACUUCUCUUGCUUCCGAGAUGCAUUCCGCUUCGAGGGCAAGCGCGUGCACAUCUACAAGCGCGCCCAGAUUCUUGUUGCAGACCUCUGGGCCUGUUUCAACGGCACCAGUUAUGGUACUUUCAACGACAUUGACAAGAUUACAAUGUUUGCCGACUACCGCAUCCCGCAAAUGCUGCAAUCGUUCGACUGUCUGCGCUACAGUCCGCCCCUUGAGAUGCACAUUCGCCAUCUCAAACCGCUCGAGUCGGGCCAUCCCUGGGAGAUCCAACUCAGAUGCUGCAGUAUCUGGUCCGUCGAGCUCCUCCGCCGAGAAAUCAUCCGCACGCAUCCCGGCACCCACGUUAAUGCCAUUCUCAUUGACUUUUUCUUGUACGAUACCAUGAAGGAGCGCGAAGCCGCUGGCCUGGAGGGACUUCCUCAUCAUCGUACACGGAGUAUUUGGUACUGAUUUUAUUUUCCAUUUCUUAUCUUGAAAAUACCCACUCUCUUUUCACAACCAUCUUCGACAUCAUUCGUCUAUCACGGCAUUUCUAUCUUUUUUUUUCCUGUCCCAUCUCGCAUUUGCCUCCUUAUCACAUCCAAUUUCGCAUGGUCACCCUGUACUGUUCCAUCCAUUUCUUCCUCGGGCAGAUUCCUCCCCCAGCGUCCUUUUUUUCGAAAUUGGCACAGAACGCAUGAGCAUCGCCUCACAUAGAAUUAGACUCAGACUCUCGCGAGCUAGUUACGAUAGACGUUUAUUUGUUUUAUUCUUCUUCUUCUUCUUCUUCUUCUUCUUCUUCUUCUUCUUCUUUUAUUCACUUUUCUUUGGUAUGUGUUGAUUUCGGCGUGCACACUAUGGACUU